CGUUGUUUGAGCCGCAGCUCUGCAAACCCAGUUGGCUAUGAAACCGCAGUCGGCGGGCCAGAACUGGUCCAGCUAGGUGGUGUCAGUGUUCGUUGUGGACGAAAUUCGCUGUUUUACUACGAAAUUCCGCGAUCGCGGGGGCUUCAGUGGCGUGGGGGCUGUCCGAGUCGGCCCCAGAAGUGCCGUUCGCUUGUUCUCUCUCUGUCGCGGCCUGCUUAGUUGACGUGUGGAAUAGUUGGGUGUUUACAUAAUUGUGUUAUUGUGAACGUGCUGUUGUCCGUGUUGUUGUACGGUCUUCGGGACGCCGCGUCGUGGCGUCGCCGGACUAGGUUAGCCCCCGAAAUGAGCGAUUGAUUCGUGGAAAUUUCCAAUGGUGGACAACGUUCGAAUGGGCAACCUACUCCAAGCGUCUUCGGUAAUGCCAUGUUUGAAAAGAAAACGAGGUUGCGAGUCAAACGUCUGCUGGAAAAACAGUUCCACAAUUUUCACGAAUUGGAGCAGUCCUUAAAAAAUAAUCUCAUUGAUAGCCAAUUGGAUAUUAAUAAAUCGGCGGCGAAAAAAGUUCCCUCAAAUCGCUCUACAAAUGAGCGUAACAUGACACGUAAGACUAGAUCAAGACGGCCACGCAUCCAUUCGGUUUUUCAGUCGGGUUAUUGUGCAGUUUGUCACGCACCUUACGCCAGUCUUGAGGAUCACAUUCAAUCCAAGAGACAUUUGAAACUGAUCGGUGACGAUGGCAGUUUUAUAUCUAUAAAAGGCUUUGACUCAUUCCUGGCCUUGGAUGGAAUCGAUUCGAUUGAAGUGAAUGGUAAAAACUGCGAGUACUCCCCGCCGCGUCGCAGAGGCAGAAUGCCGCGGCGAAAACGUACUUCCUCCUUGAUGUGCGACAGAAUGAAAGAUUCCCCGAUGUCUCCCGUGGGAAGCGACUCAGGCCACCACUUGCGCUCAAGAAAAAAUAUCAAUUACAUGACGCCGCCUCUCGAAGAAGACAGUCUGACGGAAAAGCCCGAAGUGGUCAAGGAGUAUCGCGAGCUGAGAUCGAGCACCCGACUUCUAGCCAAACUCGCCGACCAGAUGGUGGAAAGCGAUGAAGUGUGGAACUCGGGUCGGCCGAAGAGGUCUUGCAACCGGACGCGGAUCUCCGCCGACGAACGGCUGGUAGUCGAUAACAAGAGUUACUACAAAGUGGAAGUUCUGUCGUCGAAAUUGCGCUCGGGAGUGGCCCAUUUUCAGCCCGAGGUUAAACGACCGGAAACGCCAGUCAACGAAAGCAAAGAGGACGAUAAGGGUUUGAUCGUGAAAUUCAGAAAGUUGCGUAGUUCGGAAUUAGUGCGGCUGAAUAAUGAAGCGGAGAAUUUCUUGUUCCCGAAGAAGGACGACAGCAGCGACGAGGACGACGACGACGACGAGAAUGACAAGUCGAAGACUGAUCACAGUUCCGUGGGGGACGCCGACGACGUGAAGAGAAUCAAAGUCGAGGAUGACGAGUCGAUGCAUAGCACGAGCUCGGAGAGCAAGGGGAAGAAGCGGAGGCGGACACACGCGGAGGCUUUUAUUAUGGAUAAUCAAAAAUAUUAUAAGUUCGAGACGCCCGGUUCUAGGUUAAGGUAUCACGGCUCAUAUUUAUCUCCCGUUCCUAUGAAGUUGAAAAACAACGGCGAAUGCGUAGUCAAAACCGAAUCAGAUCACUUGGAAGCAGCCAAAAAUUUCAAACUCAGUUUAGACGAUUACAACUUUUCUUUUGAAAGCGUUCCAAAAAACGAGGUCUGGUAUCAAACCUUCCAGAGGCGUGACAAGGGGGAGGAGAAGUACGUUUUUCUGGACGAUGACUUGAACGUUUUAGGUUACUGGAACCCGCUGAUUCUUCCGUAUCAACUCGACUACGUGCCACCACUGGAUCCUCGAGAGUGCGUCUCGCAGUACAAUCAGAUCAAGAAAUGCCUUAUAGAGCCGCUUUCGGCUUCGACUUCCGUCACCUGCAGCACUCCCGACCCUAACGCCAGCAACUCGAGCGUGGAGACUGCCUUUAAUCAAGACGAAGACAGCAAAAUAAGCGCGACCGAAGUAAGUUCCAAUAGCACGGUGGAUGACAUCAAACCGAACAAGCGAGGUCGGAGGUCAGGGGCCGUCGUAAACAUAACCGGAAACGGAAAGAACCCCCGGAAAUCACCGAGGCAACACGCUUCUACGUUGGCCAUCCUCAGCAGUUUGAUCCAGCAGAGGAAGAGGAAGUCGCGGAGGCACGACCUGGACUUCCGGACCACUCUGCCGACGAUUCUGGAGGAGCCGAGAGCGAGGUCUUCGAAAAAGCCGAGAGUGGACUAUAUUUCGUUGAUGAAGAACGUGGAGGAGGAAUUCGCGAAUGUUUGCGACGACGGUUUGCUGGACGUGGAGAUCGACAAGGACAACGGGAUCGACUUUAAAGGGAGCGUCGCGAUCGAGGACAUUCUCACGGUAUACGAAAAUAAAGACAGCGUGAUUAAAGCGAAUAAAAGACUAGUUAGCGGGAAGCCUGGGCGGAAGCCCGGGAAGAGGAAAAAGAAUCGGACGGGUUGGCCGUUGAAUAGGACGAGGAGGAGGAGGGAUAGGAAGGAAGACGACGAGAGCACGGUGGACUCGCUGAGUGUGAAUGCGGAUUCGGAGGAGAACGAGGGGUGCGAGGACGCGAAUUCGACUGAUAGUAUUAAGAAGAAAGGUGUAGCGAAAAUUAGUGAAAACAACAACCAAAAUGACCACAGUAGUUUAGGUGAUGUAACUAUAGCGGAUAAUUGUGAUCAUAACGAUGACAGGGUAGGAAAGAAUGACGUAUCUUCGGACAAAGUACUGACGAAUAAAGUGAACAAUAGUGACGGUUUUAGUAUUGGUUUGAAAUACCAGCCGUACGUUCGUGUGCAAAAACUUGACAGAAAUCGUGUAGACAAUAAAAGUGAGCCGGCGAAACGAAGUAAUUCCCCGAAGCGAACAAAUAGAGGGCAGAGAAGGAUGCCCGCAUCUCCAAAAUCGCCUAGGAUGUUACGGAGGCCGAGAGGCCGGUGGUACCGAGAGAGAUAAGAUAGAGUUCCAUAUGUUAUUUAUUUUUCUCUUGUAUUUCGUUAAGUUAAACAAAUAUGUAUUCGAAUAUUUUGUACCAAAUCUGUAUUAUUUUAUUAUUUUUUUAAUGUUAACAUAUAGUCUUUCGUCUUCAAAAUGAAAUUAUUCUAUUUGUAUAUUCCUUCAAUAUGUAAGUAGCAUGAAAAUUUUGGUUUGCCUUUGCCAUUGUAUAUGGUUUUAUUUUUGAGAGAAUUACAUUUCAAGGCAAAUUUGGAAAUAAAAUUGUUGUUUACGAUGA